UGAAUUGCAGUUUAACUCCACUGCACAUUUGCGUUGAUGGUGUAAAACCAGUGCGUGUUAUUGUUUGCUGUUAAUGAUACGUCGCGCAUAAAGUAACAUGGCAUUGUUUCGUACAUUGCCGACCAAAAUCGGCGUUACAUCGAAGAUCCUCUCACGGAGCGUUCCGGCUGUUUCCUAUCACGCAAACGUAAUAGAUCACUAUGAGAAUCCCAGAAAUGUUGGUUCAUUGGACAAGAACGAUGUACAAGUUGGCACAGGCCUUGUAGGAGCACCAGCAUGUGGAGAUGUUAUGAAACUUCAGAUCAAAGUUGAUGAAAAUGGCAAAAUAGUUGAUGCUAAGUUUAAGACUUUUGGUUGUGGUUCUGCUAUUGCUUCAAGUUCUCUAGCUACAGAAUGGGUUAAGGGAAAGACGGUGGAUGAAGCGCUGGCACUGAAGAAUACUGUCAUUGCUGAUGAGCUGCGUCUCCCGCCAGUCAAGUUACACUGUUCGAUGCUUGCCGAGGAUGCAAUAAAGGCCGCUCUAUCAGAUUACCGUAUUAAACAACAAGCGAAGGAGAAGGAUAAGGCCGCCAACAGCACGACUUAAAAUUAACGACUCGAAGUACUCAACUAUGUGAUAGUAAUGAAAUUAGGCAUACCAUCCAGCUCGAAAAUAUCUAUUCUUAAGGAAUUACCGUAUGAUUAUAAUCGUCGGACUUAGAUAUAGCUAUAGGAAUAGCGUACAUUCCUUAAGCUACAUACAUAUAUAUUAUCUUACCCCGUGGAGAGAUAAAUUUACUAACAACA